AUGUCGCGGCGGACGCGCUGUGAGGACCUGGAUGAACCACACUACCAGGACACAGACUCAGAUGUGCCUGAGCAGAGGGACAGCAAGUGCAAGGUCAAGUGGACCAAUGAGGAGGAUGAACAGCUGAGGGCUCUGGUGAGGCAGUUCGGACAGCAAGACUGGAAAUUUCUGGCCAGCCAUUUUCCUAACCGCACUGACCAGCAAUGCCAAUAUCGAUGGCUGAGAGUUUUGAAUCCAGAUCUGGUCAAGGGGCCGUGGACCAAAGAGGAAGACGAAAAGGUGAUCGAGCUGGUCAAGAAGUACGGCACGAAGCAGUGGACACUGAUCGCCAAGCACCUGAAGGGCCGGCUGGGCAAGCAGUGCCGGGAGCGCUGGCACAACCACCUGAACCCUGAGGUGAAGAAGUCGUGCUGGACUGAGGAGGAGGACCGCAUCAUCUGUGAGGCCCACAAGGUGCUGGGCAACCGCUGGGCUGAGAUCGCCAAGAUGCUGCCGGGGAGGACAGACAAUGCUGUGAAGAACCACUGGAACUCCACUAUCAGGCGGAAGGUGGACACGGGCAGUUUCCUGAGCGACUCCAAAGACUGCAAACCCCCUGUGUACUUGGUGCUGGAGUUCGAGGAGAAGGACGGUCACCCAAUGAAUGUCCGCCCCAAUGAAGGCCAGGGAAGCCUUGUGAGCAGCUGGCCUCAGGUGCCCCCCGUCGUGAAGGAAGAGGAAAGCAGCGAGGAGGAGGCUGGGGUCCCCGCCACAUCUCAGGAGCGGGAGGCUGUCGCUGCAGAGCCGAGAAGAGCGUGGACCCCAGAGCCCAUGGAGGAGUUUCCCCAGCAUGAGGACCAGGAGGGCUCCCUGCCCGAAGUGAGCCUGCCCUACAAGUGGGUGGUGGAGGACACCAACCUCCUGAGCCCAGUCGUGGGGUCAUCGAGCCUCUCAGAAGCCCUGGACUUAAUCGAGUCGGACCCUGAUGCUUGGUGUGACCUGAGUAAGUUUGACCUGCCCGAGGAGCCGUCCGCAGAGGUCAGCAUGAGCACUAGCCCGGUGCAGCCUGAGGCACUGCGGCAGGUACAGGUGCCCAGUGUGACGGAGUACCGCCUGGACGGCCACACCAUCUCGGACCUGAGCCGGAGCAGCCGGGGCGAGCUCAUCCCCAUCUCCCCGAGCACCGAUGUCGGCGGCCUGGGCAUUGGCACGCCGCCCUCCAUGCUCAAGCGGCAGAAGAAGAGGCGUGUGGCUCUGUCGCCGCCGGUCACGGAGAACAGUGCCAGCCUCUCCUUCCUGGACUCCUGCCUCACGCCCAAGAGCACGCCCGUCAAGACCCUGCCCUUCUCACCCUCCCAGUUUCUGAACUUCUGGACCAAACAGGACACACUGGACCUUGAGAGCCCCUCGCUGACGUCCACCCCUGUGUGCAGUCAGAAGGUGGUGGUCACCACACCCCUGCACCGGGACAAGACGCCACUGCACCACAAACACGCUGCGUUUGUAACCCCAGAGCAGAAGUACGCCAUGGACAACACUCCCCACACGCCGACCCCCUUCAAGAAUGCCCUGGAGAAAUACGGACCCCUGAGGCCCCUGCCCCAGACCCCACACCUGGAGGAGGACCUGAAGGAGGUACUGCGCUCGGAGGCCGGCAUCGAGCUCAUCAUUGAGGAUGAUGUGAAGCCAGAGAAGCAGAAGAGGAAGCCAGGGCUGCGGCGGAGUCCCAUCAAGAAGGUCCGGAAGUCGCUGGCUCUUGACAUCGUGGAUGAGGACACGAAGCUGAUGAUGUGCUCAGUCCCCAAGGUCGUGUCGUUGCCAACCAAUGCCCCAUCCAGCUCUUCUGGCCUCACGCUGUCAGAUAUUAAGGAGGACAACAGCCUCCUCAAUAAGGGCUUCCUGCAGGCCAAGCCCGAGAAGUCGUCGGGACCAGCCCAGAAGACCAGGAACCGCUUCCCACCACCUGCUCCCAUGACCAAGGCCUGGAAGAUUGUGGCCUGUGGGGGGACAAGGGACCAGCUCUUCAUGCAGGAGAAAGCGCGGCAGCUCCUGGGUCGUCUGAAGCCCAGCCACACGUCACGGACGCUCAUCUUGUCCUAA